AUGAUUAUUUCAUGGCCGUUUGAUGCAGUUCAUAAAACACAUGUUCAUUUUGACACAGACACAGGCAAAAUAAUGCUCGGUAAGGCGCCAAAUUGGGGGGCAUCUAACCUCGGCAAUAGACAUCAAGACAAAUUGCUCUCAACUUUUAUUAAACUUAUCUAUGUCGAAAUGGAGAAAAAAGAAAAACAACCGCUUGCUGAACCCAUAUUAAAAAAACCGAUCAAAAAAUCAAUAUCGACAUCUGAAGCCAUUGAACAACUUAAGAAGCUAUGUGUUCAAGCAGACCCUCAUACAAUUUAUACAGAUAUGAGUAAAAUUGGCGAAGGAGCAUCUGGUUCAGUUUUUAAGGCAAAAACAAAAGACAAUGGUGAAAUUGUGGCUAUCAAACAGAUUCAUCUAAGACGUCAAGUACGUAAAGAUUUAAUUAUUGAUGAAGUGCGUAUGGGAAAAGAACAAAGUGCACAUGAAAAUAUGGUGCAACAUGUUGAAUCAUAUAUUUGGAAAAACGACGUUUGGAUUGUGAUGGAGUAUAUGGAAGGUGGAAGUUUAACAGAUGUUGUCACACAAAACUAUAUGGCUGAACCAGAAAUUGCAACUGUUUGUCUACAAGUGCUUCAAGGCUUAGAAUAUCUUCAUUCAAAAGGCAUUAUUCAUCGAGAUAUCAAAAGUGAUAAUAUACUGAUUGGAACACAAGGUCAAAUUAAACUUUCUGAUUUUGGUUAUUGUGCUCAAAUCAACAAGACACAAUCAAAAAGAACAACAUUAGCUGGUACUCCAUGCUGGAUGGCACCUGAAAUAGUCCAGAGAAAAGAGUAUGGGCCCAGUGUCGAUAUUUGGUCUCUUGGUAUCACAGCUAUUGAAAUGGUGGAAGGAAGCCCUCCUCACCUUGAAGAUCCAGAACAAGCUAUUCGAUUACUUACAACAUAUCAUGUUGCACCCACACUGAAAGAUCCUGAGCAAUUAUCAGUCGAGUUUCGUGAUUUCUUGGGCAAGUGUCUUCAAUUUAAAGCCGAAAACAGACCUUCUGCAGCCGAGUUGUUAAAACAUCCAUUUCUUAGUAAUGCGGCACCUUCUACUUGUCUUUUACCGCUAAUUGAGUCUGCUAAAAAAAGCGCUGUUCUAGAUGAUCUCACUAUAUAA